UCUCUCUCUCAACAUCAUGUCCGACGACUUGCUCUGGUUUCACGGCAAAAUCAACCGGGAGCAGGCACGUCACAUUCUCUUCUACGCCGCCCGACGCCGCGAGGGCAUCUUCCUCGUGCGCGAGAGCCCCAAUCACCCGGGCACGUACGUUCUCUCACUGUGGGCCAAAGGACAAGACAUGCACUUUCAAAUACAACACCACGGCGACGCCCACUUCGCUAUCGACGACGGGCCCGUCUUUCAAGGCGUCGACGACCUCAUCCGGCACUACAAGCAACGACCCGACGGUUUGCCGACUCGACUAGUCGAGUGUUGUCCGGGAACUUUCCCGCCGUCGGUCAUUCGUAAGCGCUGCGACACGGAGUUGCAUAGAGCGGCGUUCGACGGGCAGGCUCAGCGCGUGAGACGCCAUCUUGGUGAGAAUCCUGGCGAUUUGAACGGGAAGAACGCGAACGGAGCGACGGCGUUGCACGUGGCCGCGUCGAGAGGGCACGAUGAUGUCGUCAUGGCGCUGCUGCAGCAUCACGCCGACGUGAAGAUUAGAGAUAAUAAUGGAACAACGCCGUUGCAGGUCGCGUGUAUCAACCGUCACAACAAGAUAUGCCACUUGUUGAUCCAAAUCGGCGAAGCCGACCCGCAGGAGAGAAGCACGACGACCGGCUGGGUGCCGCUCCACGAGGCCGCAUUUCGCGGCGACACCGAGUGUACAAAAAUCCUACUCUCACUCGGAGCACCACAACACCCACGCACCCCCGACGGCGACACGCCCAGAGAUCUCGCUCUCAGAUACGGACAAACACAAGUUGUAUCGAUUCUAGAUAAGCAACCGCCGCCCCCGGUUCUCACUCAGAGGUCUGACUGGCUGCAUUCAAAGAUUGACAGAAGGAUGGCCAUUGAGUAUAUGAAUCGGUACGGGUUGAGUGACGGUCUGUUUCUCGUUCGUCCGAGCAGCCGGACUCCUGGAUGUCACGCGUUAAGUCUCGUCCUACGUAACCAGAUCUACCACUAUGAGAUUCAAGUGAAGGAGUCGCGAUGGCAUUACAUCGACGACGGACCGUUGUUCUGGUCACUUGAACACGUCAUUGAUUAUUACAUGAAGAGAGCGGAUGGUCUACCAACUCAACUUCGGACGCCUCUAGGACCCACACAGGUCGCACGGUUGCACAAGAUGCCUGAACGACCACUAAGCAGUCAACCUCGAAUACCCACUGUGGACGAAGACGACGAGGACGGUCCGGACGAUUACAGCCAGUUGGAAAAAUGGGACACGCCAAGGGCUACCGGUCGUCCACCCAUAUCGGUGCCACCAGCACCUCGUCGACUCGGACCCACAGACAGAAGACCGUCUCCUGCUCCACAACCGAGUGGAUCGAAUCCGGUGCUCAUCGAUCGGUCGUCUGUCGUGUUUGAGCAUGAACUCGGUCAAGGAGAGUUUGGAUCGGUGAUGAAAGGCUUGUGGACGAAUCCCGAAGGAAAGAGGGUUUCUGUUGCCGUGAAGACUCUCAGAUCAGAUGCACUUGGACACGGCGAACAGGAAUUUCUUCGCGAAGCUCGUGUUAUGUACGAGAUGGAGCAUCCAUGCAUCGUUCAUCUAAUAGGCAUUUGUAUCAGCAAACCAAUGAUGAUGGUACAGGAACUCAUACCGCUUGGGGCUCUUCUGGAUUUCUUGCUUGAGCAUACGAGUGAGUGCUCUGUGCACUCGCUGAAGUUGUGGGCAGCGCAGAUUUCGUGUGGGAUGGUGUACUUGGAGGGAAAACGGUUUGUACAUCGUGAUCUGGCCGCGAGGAACAUACUUGUGCAUUCCAAGAAACAAGUUAAGAUCAGUGAUUUUGGUCUAUCGCGAGCCGUCGGAGCCGACAGUAACUACUACAAAGCUUCAAAGGGCGGACGAUGGCCAAUUAAAUGGUACGCACCGGAAUCGGUAAACUUCGGAACGUUCUCGCACGCCAGCGACGUGUGGAGCUACGGCAUCACACUAUGGGAAAUGUUCUCAUUUGGCUGCCAACCCUACGAGGACAUGACAGGAGCAGAGGCAUUGGAUCAGAUUGAGAAUCACGGCUAUCGUUUACCGAAGCCGAAUGCAUGCUCUAGGGCAACGUAUGAUCUGAUGCUCAGCUGUUGGUCUCUCGACGCAGACUCACGUCCCACGUUUAUGGCUUUGUACAGCAUCUUUCUGGAGAACUCAGAAUAUGGCGACAUUCGUAAAGAUGAGAAUUUCUAUGCUUGAUGAUCCAAACGAUCACGGUUGUGUGAUCUGGUUUUAUUACGGGUUUUUGUAUGGUCGGGAUUUGAGAUUUAGAUUUAUAGAUUUUGAGUUGUUUUGAUGUGAUCUGCAUGCUGUGUGGGUUGUUUUGUAUGACUGGUGUAGAGGCUGACAAUGUUAACUUAUUUGACACGA